AUGCCGACCCAAAUUGCCGAUGAGCCUCCCUUACCUCCUUCUCAAGCACAGCUGAAUGUCAUCCGUGAUAGCUGGGAACGAGUUUUAUCCACACCUAUCAACAACAACAACAACAGCAUUGACAAUCCAACACUGUUAUCCUCCGCAACCUCAUCUGCAUCAGCAGCCUUCCAUCAUGCUUUCUUUGAAGCCCUUUUUGCAUUGGAUCCAAAUUUGACGACUUUUUUUCCCAAUGUGAAACGACAAGCACGUGCAUUAACAGGGAUUGUAUCCUAUGUGGUACGAGCACCCGCGAUCCUUCCAGCACGAUAUAGAGCUGUCAAAUCGCUUCGUGAAAUGCAUCAAAUACAACAAGUACUCGAUGACGAAGAAGAACGGUGGAUGUGUGAACAGCUAAAAGCAUUGGGUGCACGCCAUGCAGUACAUCACCAAAUUCAAAUAGACAUGCUCGACCAUGUAGGCCCGGCAUUAGUAUCUGCACUCUACCAACGAUUAGACACCGAGUUUAGCCCCGCCAUGCGUGAUGCGUGGUUACAUGCAUUCAACUAUGUGCUUUAUUACAUGAAACAGGGUUUCCAGUCCCAGCUUGAAACUGGUCAAGUCAUGAUUGAAGAUCAAACACGCGGUGCUUGCACCAUUCAAUAA